CGCGUCACGCUGCCCUAGUGGAACCCGGCUGGGAGAAGAGCACAAGAAGGCGCCGGGCUGUGUGUCGUCGCCUCACUUUCUUGGCGGUUUGUGGGGCUCCCGUUAUGGCGACGGCGGCGGAUGGGGCGAGCGUGCCUGCAGCUCCUGUUCCGGGCGCCUGCGGAAACGGCGAAUCUCCCGAAGGGGACGGAGAAGCGGUAGGAACCGUGGGCGAAGAAGACGCAGCCACGAAGACGGCGGAGGCCGUUGGGGAUAGCGAGGAGGACGGCGAGGAUGUGUUCGAGGUGGAGAAGAUCCUGGACAUGAAGACCGAGGGGGGCAAAAUCCUUUACAAAGUUCGAUGGAAAGGAUACACAUCAGAUGAUGACACCUGGGAACCUGAAGUUCAUCUUGAGGACUGUAAAGAAGUUCUUCUCGAAUUUAGGAACAAAGUUACGGAAAACAAAGCUAAACCAGUCAAGAAAGAUAUUCAGAGACUGUCCUUAAACAAUGACAUAUUUGAGGCAAACUCUGAUAGUGAUCAGCAAAGUGAGACAAAAGAAGAUGCAUCUCCAAAGAAGAAAAAGAAAAAAUUAAGAUAUAGAGAAGAGAAAAGCCCAGAUGAGCUAAAAAAGAAAAAAGCAAAGACUGGGAAACUAAAAGAUAAAUCCAAAGCAGAAUUGGAGAGCUCCUUUGAAAGUUUAGCUUUUGAUUUAAGAACAAAAAAAAGAAUUCUGGAAGCCAAAGAAGAAUUAAAGGAAACAAAAAAAACCAAAAAAGAUGAAGUGAAAGAAACUAGGGAAUUAAAGAAAGUUAAAAGGGGGGAAAUACGAGAUGUAAAGACUAAAAUAAGGGAAGAUUACAAAGAAAACAGGAAAACAAAAAAAGAGAAAUGUGUUGAUUCUCAGUUGGAAUCUGAAUCAGGUGUACUUAAUGACUUCCCUUUUCAAGAAGAUGACAAUGAAGAUUUAUAUUCUGAUAAUGGAGAAGAGAAACUUAAAAUUGCAAGGGAGAAAGCAGGGCAAGAGGUAGUACAAGCUACUGCUGUUGAUAAACAAAUUGAAGGCUCUCUGAGUGCUGAUGAGGAUGGUGAUGUCAAAGCAAAGAGGAAAAAAACCAAACUGAGAAAGACUGAGGAAUUUAAAGAAAGCAAGAUGCCAGAAAACAAGAAUCUUUUCUUAGAUAAGAAAAAUAUACAUAAAAAGCAAAGGAACCAAGACAAAGACAAAAGUACCACAGAGUUAGAUAAGCCACCUUGUGCAUCUAACCAGGCACUGAGGAGUUCAAGAGUGGCUGGUGGGGAAAGAAGCACAGGGUCCGCUGACUCUGCUGGGGAGGAGAAGGAAACCAAAAAACAUGAACCCAAAGAAAAAUACCAGAAAAGGCUUGAUUUCAACAAGGAAGAAAAAGGCCGUAAAGAACUAAAGGGAUUAAAAACAUGUAAGGAAAUUAGAAAUGCAUUCGAUUUAUUUAAAUUAACUCCAGAAGAAAAAACUGAUAUUCCUGAGAAUAAUCGGAAAAGAGAAGAAACACCACUGGACUGUAAGGUUACAGAAGAUCAAAAAACCAAGGAAAAUAAGCAGUCACUUAAAGAAAGGAAAAAUACAAGAGAAGAAACUGAUACUUGGGCAUAUAUAGCUGCAGAAGGGGAUCAAGAGGUUCUAGACAGUGUGUGCCAAGUGGAUGAGAAUUCUGAUGGCAAACAACAUAUUUUGAGUUUGGGCAUGGACUUGCAGCUGGAAUGGAUGAAAUUGGAAGAUUUUCAAAAGCAUCUUGAUGGUGAAGAUGAAAAUUUUACUACAGCAAAUGCAGUUCCAAGUAAUCUACUAAGGGAUGCUGUGAAAAAUGGGGAUUAUAUUACUGUGAAAGUUGCACUUAACUCAAAUGAAGACUAUAACCUUGACCAAGAGGACUCCAGUGGGAUGACUCUGGUGAUGCUUGCUGCAGCCGGAGGCCAGGACGACCUGCUCAGGCUCCUGCUCAGGAAAGGUGCAAAGGUGAAUGGCAGGCAGAAGAAUGGGACCACAGCCCUCAUUCAUGCAGCUGAGAAGAACUUUUUAACUACAGUGGCUAUUCUUUUGGAAGCUGGAGCUUUCGUAAAUGUCCAGCAGAGCAAUGGUGAGACAGCUCUGAUGAAGGCCUGUAAAAGAGGAAAUUCAGACAUUGUACGACUAGUAAUUGAAUGUGGAGCUGACUGCAAUAUUUUGUCAAAGCACCAAAAUAGCGCACUGCAUUUUGCAAAGCAAUGCAACAAUGUGUUGGUGUAUGACUUGCUGAAGAGUCACUUAGAAACACUUUCAAGAGUGGCAGAAGAAACAAUAAGGGAUUACUUUGAAGCACGUCUUGCUCUAUUAGAACCAGUUUUUCCAAUAGCAUGUCACCGUCUUUGUGAGGGGCCAGAUUUUUCAACAGAUUUCAAUUAUAAACCACCACAGAACAUACCAGAAGGCUCUGGGAUCCUGCUGUUUAUUUUUCACGCAAACUUUUUGGGUAAAGAAGUUAUUGCUAGACUCUGUGGACCGUGUAGUGUACAAGCUGUAGUUUUAAAUGAUAAGUUCCAACUUCCUGUUUUUCUGGACAGUCAUUUUGUGUACUCGUUCAGCCCUGCUGCAGGCGUCAAUAAGCUCUUUAUUAGGUUGACAGAAGCACCCUCUGCUAAGGUCAAGUUGCUGAUAGGUGCAUACAGAGUGCAGCUACAAUAACAAAGCAGAAAGGAUUGGGAUGGAGUAUUUUUCAGAUGUAUUGCUAAAUACUCUCCUCGAAGCAGUUUGGAAUUCAACACAGCUCACACUUUCAGAUUUAAAAUUUCAUCUGUAAAUCUCCUGCAGUUUGAAACCUGUUAUCUGUUGUCAUCUGUAAGAUGGGACACAGUGGUCUAAUAUAUUAUGAAACAUAGAUGUGUGUGUCGGUAUUCUGAAAUCUCAGUGUUGUGUCCAGACUGCAUAUAUCAGUUUUUCCACAAUGUGGAAUGAGAAUAUUUAAGGAAAUUAAGUUUGUUUUGUUUUGUUUUCUGUUUUUAACUUAAAAGUUUUCUAUAAGCCCUGGUGAAUUUCUGUGUUUUAAAACAAAAACAGUCAUUUUAUUUGCUUUUACAACAACUUACCUUCACUUGCCCAAGCACUAAAAGUGUGGGUUUGUUUCCAUGAAACAUCACUGCUCUAUGUGGUAUGUAGGUUAAAGGGCUGGGGGGCAGAGGGAGCUCUGAUCUGGUUUUAAUGUACAAUUCCACCCUUCCUGAGUUGGAGGUAUCAACUUUGUGUUUGGAAGAGUAACAAGAUGAUAAAAUCAGGAUCUAAGAUACCGCAAAACUGUAAACCAGUACAUUGUUAGACCUAAAAAGAGAUUAUUACGUGUGAAUUCUUGUUCUUGUUCAUUAAACCCAUCAACUAAUUUUGAAAAGCCAGCUCAUGUGCCCUUUGAACACUGGGAAGGCCAGCCUUUCCAGCCCAGCUCAAGCCUCUCUUCACUGUGCCUCUUGUAAAGUUAAUGCUUCUGUAGAUUCUUCACAGGACUAACUUUAUUUUUUCUUGAAGUAAAUUUAUAAAUUUAUAAACUUACAUUCUGUCUCAAGUGUUCACUGUUGAGAAUAAACUGUAAGU